AUGCCCCCGCCGUGGUCGCGACGUCGAGCUCCGAGUUGCGGGUCGGCAACCCGGACAAGGCGUGAAGGCGCCAAGACCGUGCGAAAAUGCCUCCCGACUCCGGUCGCGUCCAAACCCACACGUUGCAAACACUGGAAUUCUCCACUUCAGGGGAGUCCACACCGCAACCACGAGCCCUCGAUGCGGGUCUGCGCGCUUCGCGGUGAGGCUCUACGCCCUCACUUGAUCUGCUCCACACGCCGUCAACAAAUUUCCUCCGAACACGCGCUCAAUGGCCCCCGUUUCGCGCCUUUUUGGGCUUCCCCUCGAGGCUCCCGCACCUUUGCGUCGGAGACUGAGCCAUCUCAGACGUCCAAAUACCCUGCUUAUUGGAGAUGGCGGCUUCCACGGUCAGAGAGGAUCCAGGGCUUUACCUCGACCCUAGGCACGUCGCCGCCCUCGAGCUCGACACGUGUCUUGGACGGAGAGAACGCACCGGCCGAUGACCACGGCGAGGACCAGGAACUACAAAAGAAGAAGGCGACGCUGUACAAGAUCCUUCGCGAUGGACAGCCAGAGCAAGUGAUGAGGACCAUGCGGGAUCCAGAAUACCGCGAGGUUGUCGGAUCCCUGCCUGCGAGCGCAUUUGUCAGUGCUUUCCUCCUGCUAACCCCCGAAUACUUUAUCGAGCCAUACCGAACGAUCCACAAGCCGCUACACCCUUACGUCGUAGAGCUCAAGGGCUACAAACCGCUGGAAGACAUCUUUUCCGAGUUCGCGAGCGGUCUUGCGGCAAUCGUGGGAGCGAGACGGAGCGCGGGCCGCAGUCUUGGUCUCGCCGAGUACCUCCAUCUGCUGCGUUGUGCGGCAUCCAUGGGCGAUGGUCCCAUGGCGGAUGUCGUCUGGGAGGAAAUGAAGUCGGAGGAUGUGGUACCGGACAUCCGAUGUUACAACUACUAUCUGGAAGCGAAGAUCUGGGACAACGCCUAUACUGCGUUGGAGAAACAUCGCUUACGGGUCUCUCCUUUCUACUAUCGAAAGAGAAGAUUCGAGGCUCCACCGCCGGGCUUUGAAGGAUUUGGAACGGCAGGAAGAAGUGUGAGAAAACAGGUCCUCCAGAUUUUCCAAGAGAUGACGGAUCGAGGCAUCAAUGGCGACCAAACGUGUUUUAUCAACAUUUUCCUAGCCUGUGCCCGGGUCGGUCAUGUGCGAGGAAUGAAGUCAAUCCUGAAGACGGUUUGGAAUGUCGAUGUGGAUCUACUGGGACAGGGUGAGAGCGAACACCCCCCGGUUACCCGCUACGAUCCCUCAUCGUCGUUGUACCCGUCCAGUGAGUUACUCUUUGCGAUUGCUCAUGGGUUUGGCGUCAAUACCGACAUGGCUGCUGCGCUGCGAACAAUCGACUUCGUGUCGCGCCAAUACAACAUCAACGUUCCGGAAAAAGUGUGGCUGGAAUUGUUCGAUCGGGCCUUUGUUCUCUCGAGGAGGCGCUUUGGGCCAGACCGUGACCGAGACUUGAGGGGCGCAGUACCGAUGGAUCUAGUGGUUGGGAUUUUCGAGUUGAUGACAUCCGAGCCGUACAACGUGCGUCCACCGAUGGAAGUGUACCGCAUGCUCGGGAGGAUUGCUUACGACAGGGAUCGACUGAGGGCCUUCCGAUCUUACAUGGACGACGCUUACAACUUGCUUCGAGAAACGAGGCAGAAACGGAAGGAGGCCAGACGCGUCGUGGAACGAUAUCUGGGCGAGCCAUUUUCACCAAAAUCCGAAUCGAAUCCUCCACGUGAGAUUCCCGAAUCUGUACUGCAGUCGGCAGCAUUUACGGAGGCGGUGAACAGAUAUGAGAUGCUGCGGUUGUUGGUCGCUCAACAGACGCACCUUAUGGAACGCAUGGCGAAACUGCUUAUGACCAAUGACCGCUGGACGGGGCGAGACAAUCCGGAUUGGGAACGUCGCCUGCUCCCGACUUUCAUCAGUGAAUGGCGGGAUUUUAUCCCGAGAAGUUUAUAUUUCAACAUCACUGGGAAGAACGGUGGUCGGGUCGAGAUCCAGGGCGAGACGUGCUGGGGGCAGCGACACAUCCGGCCUCACGACAAGGUGCCGGUUCGCUGGUCCCCGGACGGCGAGCGGCCGGCGUACGACGAGGAGAUCGAAGUCGACGACGAUUUUCACUGGGAAAGGUUCCGCAUGUCUCUCGGGGAGGAGUUCGCGAACCGGGAGCCUCUCAAGCGGCUGUUCUGGAAGACAAUCGAACAGAAAGAGCACUCCAUGCUUUACGAGACGGCGAUGGAAGAAGACAUGGAGCCGGGCACGCACCCGGAUGCGGUAGGCGCUCAGGAGUCUUCACAACAUGGCGACUUUGAUGUGAUCUUGCAACCGAUAAUGAAGCUAUCCUUGACAUGA